AUGGGGGUGUUCAGAGGCACCGAGGUCCCAGUCAAGGCAGCAGGUAGCCUGGCCCUGUCCAUCACCCGAGAGAACUGUUACCUCAGAGAUCAGUGGAGAGAAGGGAGGGAGGGAGCAGAGAACAUGUGGAAAAUAGAGGGCAGGCUGCAGGACGAGCCCCUGCUCAGGGAGAACCCGCGGCGCUUCGUCAUCUUCCCCAUCCAGUACCACGACAUCUGGCAGAUGUACAAGAAGGCGGAGGCCUCCUUCUGGACGGCGGAAGAGGUCGACCUGUCCAAAGACCUGCAGCACUGGGAGAGCCUGAAGCAGGAAGAGAAGUACUUCAUCUCGCAUGUCCUGGCCUUCUUUGCGGCGAGCGACGGCAUUGUUAAUGAGAAUCUGGUGGGUGCGAUUCUCGCCGCCUCCAUCUUCUGGCUGAAGAAGCGGGGGCUCAUGCCCGGGCUGACCUUCUCCAACGAGCUCAUCAGCCGCGACGAGGGGCUGCACUGUGACUUCGCCUGCCUGAUGUUCCGCCACCUGGUGCACAAGCCCUCGGAGGCGCGCGUGAAGCAGGUGGUCGCGGACGCCGUGGCCAUCGAGCAGGAGUUCCUGACGCAGGCGCUGCCCGUCAACCUCAUCGGCAUGAACUGCGCGCUGAUGAAGCGCUACAUCGAGUUCGUGGCAGACCGACUGCUGCUGGAGCUGGGCUUCAGCAAGCUGUUCAAAGUGGAGAACCCGUUCGACUUCAUGGAGAACAUCUCUCUAGAGGGGAAGACCAACUUCUUCGAGAAGCGCGUGGGAGAGUACCAGAAGAUGGGGGUCAUGUCCAAGACCGUGGACAACACUUUCACUCUGGAUGCUGACUUUUAACGAUGGCCGUGCUGCGUCCUCAGUCGUGGUGCAUGCUCGCUCUUCCUGGUGCUGGUCUAACAUUGCAUCGUGACCUCAUUCCUCAAGUCCUCAUCUUCGAAAUAUAUCAGCCUUGACUUGGCAUGCUUUGAAUUAUGAGAACCUCAGAGAACGGCUGUAGACCUCAAACUUGAAUUUCGGAUGGGGUGAAGCACUCAUCUGCUGUCACAGCUCAGAACAUUCAGGUGUUCACAGACCCUAGUGAAGCAAGGGUUCUAGGCAUCUAGUAAUUUCUUUUAGUAUGGAAAAACCUGGUUUACAUGUAAUAGCCUCAUGUAUAUAGUAAGUUCAGGUAGAAGAAAUUUCUUUCAAUAUAUAGGAGUGUUUACAGUGUCCUACAAUAGUUAUUUUUGUGUUGA